CCAUAUUAUACUAUCGAAAGUAUCGCGACCAUGGAACUACUUGCUACCGGUUUCAACGCUUGGGGGCAACUUCAUUUCAACAACCGACAGAGUCGCAUAGUCUCCGAACCCGAUGACAUCGAUUCGUUUCAGUCUAUCUUGAAAGAUGACUUCAUCGGACAUCCAUGUUCCCUUUUAGAAUGUACCUUAGUUAAAACUACUUCCGGAAUACGACAUGCAGGCUUUAUCGAUGCCAACCGGGAAAACAUCAAGGAGAAGCUCCUCUCAUCCACCGCAGCCAUAGCUGGGAAUGGUAUCAUAGCUGAUUAUGAUGGUCAUAAUACAAUUUGCCAAUACCUGUCUCAAUCUAUCGGAGGUGAACAGGAGCAUCAUGAAUUUUCUGGAAUGGAACAAAUCAUCCAACUCGUAGCAUACGAAACAGGCUUUGCGGCUCUAUCACAGGAUGGCCGUGUUUGGACAUGGGGAGACGAGCGUUAUGGCGAUUGCCUUGGAAGGCCGAUAACGCACUCAAGUCCGGCAGGAAGACCUGGUCUUGUAGAAGAACUUGAAGACCUACCGACGGGAAAGAUAGUCAAGAUUUUCGCUUCUGGAUACAUGGUUCUUGCCCUGACGGAAGGACAUGAUCUCUAUGCCUGGGGUGGUCACCCGGGACGGAAAGCUUUACUCGACGGAUUAUCAAGUAGUCCGAUGCCUGUGAUAGUAGAAGAAAGCGACAUAAUUGACUGCGGAGUUGGAGAAUCACAUAUGAUCGUGCUCACUUCUGAGCACGAUGUAUAUGUUAUUGGCGAUAACACAAAUGGCCAGCUAGGGUUACCAGUCGAGGAGACAAGAUCGUGGACAAGGAUAUCUCUGCAGUUAAAAGUAGGACAAAUAGUUUGUGGUGUAAAUGCAGGGCAGCGCACUUCGUUCAUAUUGAUCAAAGACAAAGACCCUUGAUGAUUCUGCCUCAAUUGGGUCCUCUAUGCUGCUCUAUGAUACACGUGAACUCCUGCGAGACCUAGUAACAAUUACGCUUACAGAUUCGUCAGGUAGUCCUCGAUCUCUUGUGGAGUUAG